CAACGAACUUGUCAAAAUAAUGACGUCACCAUAAUUUCACAAUUUUUUUUCUCUAAUUAUAAUUUUUUGUUUGUUUCAAAAUAACCCCGAUAUGCAGUCCGCGAACCCUUUCGGUAAACCUAAAGACGAAAUUUUCGGUCAGGAGACCCUACAUAGGGAAACGGCCUACUACAUCUCGCGAUUGGAACAGUACGAGAACGCCAUAAAACACUUCGAUCAGGCGAUCAAAAAAACCCCAAAAGACCAGAGGGCCUUAAUCGGUCGGUCGAGGGCGAGGGCACACGUGUCGCAGAACGAAGGGGCUUUGGAUGACAUUAAUGAGGCUUUAAACUUAGACCCGGAUAAUUUAACGUUACUCGCCGAUAAGGCUUUAAAUACUUAUUUGUGUUGCGAAUUUGAGGAAGGUUUGGUCCAAAACACCCGCCUGUUGCCCCUGCGUGAGAAACCGGAAAAUUUCAAAAUGGGCGUGAUGCAGUGCACAGACGCCAUCGAAAACUGUGUGGGAGAUCGUUGCGGCAGACCGCUCAGGGACUAUUUCAAGAUGAUCAGAAAACUCGCGUGGGAGCGGAACUACGCGGCCCAGAAACCGUUUGAACCGAUCGCCCGUAAUCGACCGAAAAAGAAACCGGGACUUUUUGAGAAAAUGGUUUCGCAUAAGGAGGGUGGUCUUGAGCCGGUGCAACCCUUGAAACUGGUCAAGUUAAAAGGGAAAAGUGAAUCAGACGAGAACCUCCUCAGGGAAUCACUGCAUUCGAUAUCGACGAACAAGGAGCCCAUACCGCCCUACCAUCAGAAUUUCCCUUUUAGGCCCUUGCAGCAGCACACCACCAACAUUGAGAACUACAUCGCCGAGAAAUAUCUGGAUAAGAUGUAUUUGGACAAGGUAUUUUUGAAUAAGUUGGAAUCGAUGCCCGGGACCAUUUGUCCAAAUGCCAAAGGUGUCACAAGAAUCAAGCAAAUAGUGAAAAACUGCUACAAAACAGUCUCCUACAAGCAAGAGGUCCUUCGUACACGUAGACCGUUUUACUUCAUCAAAUACCGAGAGGCCAGGGUGUCCGGGGCCCUAAAGAAGCGCCAAGAGAUGGAACUGGCCCACCAACAGUACUUUGUCAAACUUGAAGCCGAGUCGAUCCUUGCAAACAUGAUGGCGGCCUACGAGCAAAAGAGGCUGCAAGACUUCUUGAACUUGACCGAGAAACUCAGGAGAUAUUGCGACAUGAAGUCCAAGAAGCUGCUGCCAGCCAAAUCCGAUUACAUGACGGCAAUCUACCAAACCGCUUGCAAAGCGUUUUAUGACGUGUACCGUUUAAACCCGGGCCACAGCUCCUACCUGCAGAACAAGCGACUCUAUGCCAUCCUGGGAAUCCCACUGAGCAGAGAACCAUCGACCGAUUCGGUCAUACGGGAGUUUAAGAACGUGUUCGUUGAUCACAAGAAGCUUAUUUCCACUUUUGAGGUUCGUCUCAAGAACGCUGUGGACCCCUUGGAGAUUUGCUGGUACUAUCAUGAACUAGCCAGAUUACAACUUGAAGAGAAACACUUUGACCUAUCCAGAGUCUACGCGAGAAAAUGCAUCUACGAAGCCUCCAAAUUGAAAAACGAGAUGUGGAUCUUCAACUGCGCGAUGCUGAUGUGCAAAUCGAACAUUCAACAGCAUAACAAGAGCGACGCGAAGAACGACAUCCGGAUCGCGCAACGAAGCGCACGCAAGCUCAACGACAAGGAAAAAGACGAAUAUUUGGAAAAGUGCCUGAACCUAAUCGAUACCGUACAAUUCGACGACGUAUACGGUGCCAAAGAGCUUCAAAGACGGGAACAGAAGAUCAUCCAGAUGAUGGGCAACUCGAAGAUGAAGGACGAGGUGGCGCAUUUGUUUAGGAUAAUGUCCGCGAUGCCCGCCAAUCGACGGAUGACGGUGAUUCCAGGUGUGGUGGUCAAGUCGGGUUUGAAGGAGAACAAAGGGAGGUCCAUGUCCAUUAUGCCCAAUAAGGAUAACCCGUCAUCUGUGGAGUUGAAAGAGGUCUCUAAGUCCAGUCAGAAGCUGAUGCAGGAUCUCUCGUUACAUAUGGAGUAUUGAAAUAAAAAUUGUUUGUUUAGUGCUGGA